AUGGCUAGCAACUGGGUUGGUUUCGGAUGUGGCUAUGCAUCAUACGGACAGGUCCAGUGGCGGCUACCGCUGGCUAUUCAGAUCCCGUGGGGUGUCGUACUCUUCAUCGGACUCUUGACUUUCAUGCCCAACUCCCCUCGAUGGCUCAUACGGAAUGCAAGAAUUGACGAGGCUAGGAUCGAGUUUGUCAAGAUCCGACGAGACCUACAUUCUCACGAAUUCCAAGAAGAGUUCGCUCUCAUGCGAGCUCAAAUCGAGUACGAAAUGGAGAGGGAGGUGAAGACGUACAAAGACAUCUUCAGACUCUUCCGGCAUCGAGCUUUGGUCUCCAUCGCGGUACAGACCAUGACAUCUCUCACCGGUGUCAAUGUCAUUCAGUACUACCAGACGAUCCUAUACAAGUCGUUAGGGAUUGAGUCGCACACGAUUCUUGCACUGGCUGGCGUUUACGGGACUAUCGCGUUUCUAUCGAACGCGUUGACUACUCGCUUCCUGACCGAUCAAUGGGGCCGCCGAAAGAUGAUUCUAGCUGGUCUGAGUGGGAUCGUCUUGAUCGAGAUCUACGCCGCAGCAAUGCAGCGGGAGUUCCAGAACACCAACAACAAGGUCGGCAAGGGAUUCGCAGUACUCGGCGUCUAUCUGUUCGUGGUCACCUACUACGGCAUGCUUAACAGCACCACAUGGCUUUAUGGCGCUGAAGUGCUUCCUAUGGCGCUGCGCAGCAAGGUAAUGGGUCUAGCUGCUGCCUCACACUUCAUCGUCAACGUCGGCAUCACCGAGGCAGGACCCAGUGCUUUCGCGACAAUUCACGAGAACUACUAUUACGUCUUUGUUGGCUGCACUCUGUUCUUCCUAGUGAUCGCAUACUUCUACUUCCCCGAGACAAAGCACAAAACUCUCGAGGAGAUCGCAGCGGCUUUCGGCGAUCGCGUAGUGACAUUGAUUGACCAUGAAAUCAUUGCUGAGCAGGCAGUGUUCGAGGGCAAAACGACCACGGCACGAAUCGAGACUGCAGAGGACCGUUAA